GUCCUGUUUGAUUCAUUGCAGUGAAGUAGUAGGUAUUCUGCAUCAGCCAUGUUCAGGUUCUUAAUCGUCUUAGUUUGUCUAAUUUCUAUAUCAUCCGCUGGCAAAAGGAUACCAAUAGCACAAGCUUCCCACCAUGUGGAAGUAGUCAGUGUACAUCAUGGACAUGGGGAAGGAGAUUACGGGGGUGAUGCUGGAAAAUACUCUUCAGGCGCAGAAUUAACAAGCUUAGCUCACAGUUCGGCCAUCCAAGCCAAAACAGCUGUACAAAACCAGCAAACAGCUGGUAGCCAAGCUGCCUUUGGAGCUAAAAGUAGCUUAGCACAAGCUGCUUUAGGGGCUGCUGCCACUGCCCAAGCCGCAGCUGUGGGCAAACAGGCCAUCGUAUCGGGCCUCAAAAAACAAUUAAUCGACGCUCAGCAUCAGCUUCAAGCGGAAGUCGCCCAAUACCACCAAUCGCAAACGGCUGCAGCUGCGACCCAAGAGGCCGCCGGUCAAGCCCAGGCCACCUUAAAUAGCGUCACAGCUGCUUUGGCAGCUGCGCAAGGAUCGGCACAACACUCAGCCGCAGCUGCAUCCGAAGCUAACAACGCUGCCGCUGCACAACAUCAAAUGGUUAUUGAAGCUAAGCAACGCGUAUCUCAAAUCACGAACGAGCUUCACUCAGCUCUUGGCCAACUUGCCGAAACUGAAGUGUCCGCACAAAAAGCUCUAUCCGCAGCUCAGAUCGCCCAAUCUAACGCUGCAGCUGCUGGUGCAGCUGUUCACGUUGCAGCUGAAAGCAGCAAUGCAGGACACGGACAAGGCUAUGAAGUCAGUCACGGUGGUGAUGAAGGUUACCAUCACAAAUAAUAAGGUCAUAGUUGUUUAAUACUCAUUCAAUCACACAUUUUAUCAUUCAUU